AACAAUUUCAAUUUCUUUUACACCACUCACUUACAAACCUCAAAUCUAAGCCAUCAAUGCUAAUCAACCCUUAAAUUCGCUGCAUCGCAUUCACAAUCCAUGGCUGCCAACGCCGCCGCCGCCACCACCGCCAAGAAAGACAGCCAACAGGCUCUCCUGCUCGGCCGUUUCGAGAUCGGGAAACUCCUCGGCCACGGAACCUUCGCGAAGGUUUACCAUGCCAGGAAUGUUAAGACCGGCGAAGGUGUGGCUAUUAAGGUUCUCGAUAAGGAGAAGAUACUCAAGGGCGGCCUUAUCGCCCACAUCAAGCGCGAAAUCUCCAUCCUCCGUCGUGUUCGCCAUCCUUACAUUGUUCAGCUCUUUGAGGUUAUGGCUACCAAAUCCAAGAUCUACUUCGUCAUGGAGUAUGUUCGAGGCGGCGAGCUCUUCAACAAAGUUGCCAAGGGCAGGUUGCGGGAGGACGUCGCGAGGAAGUACUUCCAGCAAUUGAUCUCUGCGGUUGCGUUUUGUCACGCUCGAGGGGUUUACCAUCGGGAUUUGAAGCCCGAGAACCUGCUGCUCGACGAAAAUGGAAAUUUGAAAGUGUCUGAUUUUGGUUUGAGCGCCGUUUCUGAUCAGAUUAGGCAAGACGGAUUGUUUCAUACCUUUUGUGGAACUCCGGCGUACGUCGCGCCGGAAGUUCUGGCGAGAAAAGGGUAUGACGCCUCAAAAGUAGAUCUCUGGUCUUGUGGGGUGAUUUUGUUUGUUUUGAUGGCAGGGUACUUGCCCUUCCAUGAUCAUAAUGUCAUGGCUAUGUAUAAGAAGAUUUACAGAGGGGAAUUCAGGUGUCCCAGGUGGUUUUCCCCGGAGCUAACCAAGCUUCUUGGACGUUUUCUUGACACAAAUCCAGACACCCGCAUUACGAUUCCCGAGAUCAUGGAGAACAAGUGGUUCAAAAAGGGAUUUAAGCAUAUUAAAUUUUACAUUGAGGAUGAUAAGUUUUGCCAGGUUGAGGAUCAGGAGCAUGAUGAUGAUGAAUCAGAUUCACAUUCUGAUCAUUCGACCAUGUCUGAAUCAGAGGCAGAAAUGGAAACGAGAAAGAGGGCAACUUCGUUGCCAAGACCAGCAAGUUUGAAUGCUUUUGAUAUUAUAUCCUUUUCUCCAGGGUUCGAUUUGUCUGGUUUGUUUGAGGAAGGUGGAGAAGGAGCAAGGUUCAUUUCAGGGGCUCCGGUUUCAAAGAUUAUAUCCAAAUUGGAGGAGAUAGCGAAGUUGGUGAGCUUUACAGUGAGAAAGAAGGAUUACAGAGUGAGUUUGGAGGGGUCUAGAGAAGGUGUGAAGGGGCCAUUGACCAUUGCUGCUGAGAUAUUUGAGUUAACACAGUCUUUAGUGGUUGUGGAGGUGAGGAAGAAAGGAGGGGAUCGAGAAGAAUAUGAGGAAUUCUGCAAAAAGGAAUUGAAGCCUGGAUUGGAGAAUUUAAUGCGGGAGGAAUUGGAAUCCACUGCUGUAGCUGCUGUUCCUGCUGAUGUUUCACAUUUACCUAAAUUACCUUCAGAUAUUGAAUAGAGAAAGGGAGAAGGCAAAAAAGGACUGUUAGGUGGCAGGGACAAGUCAUGUUUUACGACCUAAAUUUGGUGAAAUGGUGUGGGAAGUGGAAGAACAUAUCAGAGCAAAUGUAGAAAAGAGAUGUUGGAAUACGAAGGAUAAUGAGAGUUGGAGUUGCUGAAAUGAAAAGCAGCAAGCAAUUCCUCAUUCAAUUUCAGCAGUUUUUUCUUCUAAAAUUCAAAUGCGACCUGAAUGGUCCACACAGCUGCUGGGAUGAUGAUUGAUAGUUGAAGGUUUGACAUGAGACAAUGGACCACCAUGUGUAGUGGAUCAAAGACUAAGCUUUUAUUAUUAUUAUU